UUGUCCUGAGAGUGAAGCACUCUAGAGACAGGGCAAUGUCUCCAAAUAUGUCCAUGAUAGCAUAUCAGCAAUGAGUUUAUAUAACUUACCUACUUAUAUGUAAGAUAAAACCCUAGAGGAUGGAAAGCCAGGUCACCGUUCAGGAUUAGGAACCCAGAAAGUGUGCUCCUUUUUAAGACAUCUAAGAUACUUCACAUUACAAUAAUAGAAUUAUGCACAUAGAAUAACUUCUGAUGUAUUUCUACUUUCUGAAUAUUCACAAGUCUUUCACUGAAUUCUAUAUUUUUAAUCUCUCAGUCUUUAAGAUGGUUAAUCUGGUUUAACUUUCCCUACACACUUAUUUUUGAAGAGGGGCAGAAUAGGCUUUCUGCAUGCAGUGCACAGUAGAUAUAAUAGGCAGACUGAAGAUGGCUGUUAAUUUCAAAAAUAGUUUUAAUAAUCUGUUUCUGUUUUGUUGAUUGUAUUAGAGGACAACACUCUGAAAUAAUACUUAGAGCAUCGCUUCAAGGAAACACCAGGAGAAAAAAUGGCCAAAUCUUUCCUGGUACUCUGCUCACUUUUGGUCUUCAUCAUGAUUCAUUCUGCCUCACCUUUCGAUGCUGUAGAUUCCGGUGUUACCAUGGUUCCUGACUCAAACAGCUUACCAUUUGGUGCAGGGAAUGCUUCUGAAUGUCCUGAAAUCUACAGAAAGUGGUACAUUAUGAACGGGAAAAAUAGCAUCUGGGAUACAGAUGGAGGAUAUAUCAAAUGUCCUUAUAAGAGAGUAAAUUUGAGUUGACUCCGUGGAACAAUGGACCUGUGUCGUGGCCUAAAACAACCUAUCUGUGGCACCAGUUCUGUGACCUAUGACAAUCCCUGAAGCUUAUACAUUGAGAGCUUGAAAUCCCUUGGAAGAAUUAAGUUUCGUCAUGAUGGCAGUUGCUAGCUGAGUGGAUUUGGAUGUGGAAGAUGACUUCUUUUUCUUGCCAUCACAACAAUUCUCCUCUUACACAUUGUCCCUCCUCCAUCCCUUCUUGCAUGUAUCUUGGUGACAGACAGCUGCCAUUAUUUAUCUCAAAGUAAAUAGCACAAGGUUCCUUUUCAGACUGCUCCUCUCAUUGACUCACUGACUUCUACACUUUCCCAAAUAAAAUGAACUUUUCUGGGCUAGCUAUGUAGUUUAGUGGCAUGGCAUGCUGGAGGUGCUGGGCUUAAU